AUGGCCAAAGGGCAAUCAGGAAAAAGAUGGAAAUUGGUAAAUUUAGUUGAUUGUAAUGCACUUGCUAUUUGUGGCUGGUUGAUUCGGUUGGAUUGCCAAGAAAAAUGGCUUCUUGAGAAGACCAAUUCCACAAAAGAAACUCGGAGAAUGGACUCUCCUGCAGGGUUGGCGGGGCCGCUUUUGUUAACACCUAAGAGACUGCAAGCUGUAAUGCUAGGUGGGGUUGUGGUUGUUCCAUUGUUAACAUAUCAUUCCGGGAACUGUUCUAUGAACCAAAUUUUGUUUGUGGCCGCUGCAAAUAACAUGAAUAGAUAUUACUGUAAAAUGAUUGGUGUUUUGAAGCUGUUGAAGAGGGCCUUCUUCAGCAAGCGUAUGGAAAAGCAAGGAAGGAGAAUGUCAUAUGCUGGAUAG